CUCGGGGCGCACUAGUUACUCUUUGGUUUAAUUCCGCCGAAGAACAAAGCACCUUUGUCAAAAUGACCGCUUUGCAAUUAUCGCUCAUUUCAAGUGCAAUCAUCUUGAUGAUCUUGACCAUAAAUUUCUUUCCUGCGGCAAGCGGAGCCGUCCAAAUAAGAAAAGGUUCGCACAAAUCAGCAAAAACGGCAUUUCCAAACAGAAGAAAUAAGCAAAGAACGGCACUAAUUAUUUCUUGCUGUGGCGAAAAAUCCUGCACAAAUAUGACUCGAAACACUCGAGCUACAACCAUACAAACCAGAACAGAGACUACACAAAAUUCACCGCCAAUGGAAAUCUCAUCAACAUCAGAUUCAAUUAGUACUUUGCAAGAAACAAAUAUUGCAGCAGAGGUGAUUACCGAGGCGGUAAAUAACACCCUGAAUGUAUCCAGAGAAGAAUUAAUAUAUCCAAACUGUGACACUUCAACACAAUUAAAUGCAGCUGCUUUUGAUGCGGCAGGCAACCUCUUAGAUCCUGAAGAUUACGGAUUUUGGGUACAAUCUUGCGAUCAGUUGUUUUUGCUCGGAAAGACUUUGGUGGACUGGCGGGAAAACCUGGCCACGUGCCGCAAAAUUGGAAUGGAACCACUUAUGCUUGAAAGUGCGAACAAACUCGAUUGCUUCAAAUCGUUGGUUCAGGACUGGAAGUUCAGUUCCAACUACUGGAGCGCCGGCUUCAGAGUCGACAACGUUUCCGACCAAUUUUCCUGGUGCUCAAAAACCGGAGCGAUUUCUUUGAACAACUCGGAAUUAAUGCCGUGGGGCGCGAAUCAACCGGAAAACGCCAGCCUCAAACAACACUGCUUGCGACUCAAAGUUCUAAAAACGGACAAAACGUUCUUCUUAUUUGACGAAACUUGUGGAAAACCCCAAAUGCUUGGCUGCCAAGGAAAACCAACUCCUGCUCCACCUUGCGGAAGUCCGUCUUGCCCAAAUAUGACUUAUUGCUUAAGAAAUGACCAACUUUUUUCUGGCCUGGGAAUAUUGAAUAAUCCUGAUUUACACGGAAACUGGUUCUCCAUCUACGGCAGAAAUUAUAUCUUCAGCUUCCAAAAUGAUACAAAAAAUUUCACAGAAGCUUUUUAUUCUUGCUGCGGAUUAGGAAUGAAAUUACUCAGCCUUGAAUUUGACUUCAAAUAUAAAUCCGUCAUUGAAGCUUUGAAGGCGAAUAUAACGACGGAGGAUUAUUUCUGGACCUCUGGAAGUGAUCACGGCUGUGAAUCAAAGUACAGUUAUUGCAGCGUAAAGCGGAGUUUGCGAAAAGAGGCGAUUUGGGCGCCGGGACAGCCGGACAAUUGGAACAACAAUGAAAAUGGCAUAGCUGUGUCCGUCAAUUCUUCGCACGCACUCUUGUGGGAUUUUAAUGAGGAAACUAAAUUCCGAUACAUUUGUGAAGCUCGAGAUACGUCAGCAAAUAAAUCGGGCGGCACUGCUGCGAGGGACGAAUGUGCGUCCAUUUACAACAUAAGCCAGACCGAAAUUGACGGAGUUCUCAAUUUAACAAGCUACGAUGUGCGCAUCAAGUGUUUCCUCAAAUGUGUUGGUGAAAGUUCCGGCUUGAUGGUGAGUGGAAAAUUUAUUGACAAUGAAGUUUUGGCGAUUUUGGAAACCUUGGCUGGCAACGACACUGAGGGGCUGAAAAAGAACAUGGGCGAAUUGGAGGAAUGCAAAAGAUAUGCGUCUGCUGGAAUGGACGAAUGCGAUAAAGCGGCACUAAUGAUUCAGUGCGCUAACGAAAAGGAGCCUGAAGUUGUGAACAGCGUCAUAAAGGAAAUGGAUCAAGUGCUGACGGCGCAACGUGGCAAGCGGGGUGGAGGCGGCGGCGGUGGAGGAAUUCCAGUUUUAGCAGAAGCAUUUUGUUACAACUCAAGUGCCUGCCAAGUGAAUGCAACUUUAAAACAAGAAUUCGAUUCAGCAACAACCGAUUUCAACAUUACUGAUGGAACCGUGAACUUUUUGUGCGACAAAAAAUAUUUCGUCACAUCCACCAACAUGAAUUUUUCAAACGCUUUCGAUCUAUGCUGUCAGUACGGAUUAAAACUGGCGUCAAUAGAAAGCUCACAAGAGGUCGAUUGCCUUGCAAAUAUGACCGCUUCGCUUUCUGCACGCUGGACAUGGAUUGCCGGAAGCAGGAUCAACAGUACGGACAACCCUCGUUGGUGCACUUCGAACGCCACCUUCAACUUGAGCAGCUUUGCGGUGGUCCACAACAAUUCAAACACCCUUCAAGGCAGCUACGUAAUGUUGCCGUCAACAAAGGAAAUUGUGGCGACAAACGGUUCAGCACUUCAAUAUGUCCUCUGCGUUUGAAUUUUUGAAUUAAAGAGAGUGUCAUUUUUUAAUUUGUUUGCUGACUUUUGAGAGAAUUAUUAUUUUGAUUUUUAU